CUCUGACUACAGGGAAAGAUGUGGCUGGGCCUCUGGGGCGGGGCGGGGCGGGUUGUUGCCGGAAACGAACCCGGGCCUGUGACGUCCGGAAGUGGAGCAGCUACCGCAGUGUGGCUCUGGCAGCUGCAGAGGCGGCUUUUGUCUGCAAGCUCCAGGCGAUCUACUGAGAUGGCGAGCGCAGGUGCACCUGCAGCCGCAGUCCCCACCCUGGCUCCGCCUUUGGAGCAGCUCCGGCACUUAGCAAGGGAACUGCGGUUGCUCCUGCCUGGAGUGCGGGUCGGCGAAGCCCGGGAGACCUCCAAAGAGUUUAAUCGGGAGACGUUUUGGAGUAGACUCAAUGAGGCAGCCGUGAAGGUGUCCGGGGAAGCCACGACUCUGACUGAAGUCUUCUCUCGACUUCCACUGCCGUCUCCGCAGGAAACCCAGAGGUUCUGUGAACAAGUCCAUGCUGCCAUCCAGGCAAUUAUUGCCAUAUACUAUUCGCUUCCCAAGGAUCAGGGAAUCACCCUGAGGAAGCUGGUUCGGAGUGCCACUGUGGACAUUGUGGAUGGCAUGGCUCAGCUUGUGGAAGUGCUUUUCAUCACUCCAGCUCAGAGCCCCGAGAACAAUGACCUUAUUUCCUGCAACAAUGUCUGGGUUGCGUGCCAGCAGGUGCCUCGGAUACCAAGAGAUAACAAAGCUGCAGCCCUUUUAAUGCUGACAAAGAGUGUGGAUUUUGUGAAGGAUGCACAUGAGGAAAUGGAGCGGGCUGUGGAGGAAUAUGACCCUUACUGUGGCCUUUUGAAUGACACUGAGGAGGACAACUCUGACAACUACGGUGAUGAAGGGGAUGAUGUGUUGGGAUGUCCAAACAAUCGGGACUUAUAUUGGUCAGAGGAAGACCAAGAACUUAUAAUCCCAUGCCUUGCACUGGUGAGAGCAUCCAAAGCCGGCUUGAAGAAAAUCCGGAUCUUAGUGGCAGAGAAUGGGAAGAAGGAUCAGGUGGCCCAACUGGAUGACAUUGUGGAUAUUUCUGAUGAGAUCAGCCCUAGUGUGGAUGAUUUGGCUCUGAGCAUAUAUCCACCCAUGUGCCACCUGACUGUGCGAAUCAAUUCUGCGAAACUUGUAUCCGUUUUAAAGAAGGCCCUUGAAAUUACAAAAGCGAGCCAUGUGAACCCACAGCCAGAAGAUAGUUGGAUCCCUUUACUUGUUAAUGCUGUUGAUCAUUGCAUGAACAGAAUCAAGGAGCUCACUCAGAGUGAACUUGAGUUAUGAGUUUGCAGGCUCAUUUGUGCUCUCCUCUUUCCCUUCCUUACUGUCACAGCCAGGCUCUGAUGUCUGUGUUUAAAAUGGGGCUAGACUGCUUUCUAGAUAGAAAGGGAGUCCCUUUCUGUACUUACCCAGAGACUCUAUCACCAAAGAUUCUUGGUUAGGCCAGACUGGCAAUUAUUUAUAAACCAUACGAGUAUGAUUUAUUUUUCUGUGCUAGAUAAAAAAGUAAUUGCAUGAGUUUGGGUUCCUGAGAGGUCUCUCAGAGAUUCCUGGGGAAACUGCCUUGUUUCCUAUUUACAAUAAAAUGUGUCGUUUUAUUGUUAAAGAUGUUGGUAGUCUCAAUAAAAUGCUAACCUGCCAGUGGUUAAAUGA